CAUCAAUGUGCUUAGUAGCUCAUCUACACCCAAAAAUGAAUUGAGCAAGUCGACAAGGGUAGUAUUCCCUUGGCUCCCUAAAUUCCAAGUCACCCGUUUCCAACCAGAAAGUAUACUUUCACAGUUUCACCGUAAUAAUAAUACACACAAAAGAAAAGAAAAAGAGAGGAAGAAAAAUGGCAGCUCAAGCAAUGGAAGGUGUAGCAGUAACAGCAUUAAGAUCAGUAAUGGGCCGGGUCCAACAAGCAGCGGAGAGAGUGGGCCGUGAUCCUGGGCUAGUAAGAGUAGUGGCUGUGUCCAAAACAAAGCCCAUUUCUCUCAUCCGUCAACUUUACGACGCCGGUCACCGUUGUUUCGGCGAAAAUUAUGUCCAAGAACUCCUUGAUAAAUCUCCCCAGUUGCCUGAUGAUAUAGAAUGGCACUAUAUUGGGCAUUUACAGACCAAUAAAGUCAAAUCUCUUCUGGCUACAGUGCCACAUCUUUCCAUGGUUGAGGGUGUAGACAGCCAAAAGCUAGCCAAUCAUCUUGAUCGUGCAGUGUCAGCUAUAGGAAGAAAGCCUCUUGAGGUCUUGUUGCAAGUGAACACUAGUGGAGAAACAUCGAAAUCUGGAGUCGAGCCACUGGCAUGUGUAGAGCUUGCAAAGCAUGUCAAGUCAGAGUGUCCAAAUCUUGAGUUUCGUGGCUUAAUGACAAUAGGGAUGCCGGACUACUCAUCUACUCCAGAGAAUUUCAAGACACUUUCAAACUGUCUAGAUGCGGUUUGCAAAGCGCUGGGAAUUGCGGAGGAGCAGUUUGAACUGUCAAUGGGAAUGUCUGGCGACUAUGAGCUAGCGAUUGAGAUGGGCAGUACUAAUGUGAGGAUCGGGUCUACCAUAUUUGGUCCGAGGGAAUACCCGAAGAAGCAAGGAUAGCUAUCACGGCGCCUAUAUUCUUCUACUAUAUAUGGCUGAUCCAUAAGCACUCAGCUUGAAAUUCUAAUUGUCCCAUUGUAUGUAUACUGGAACUUCCAGUUUUGGUUGUACAUUGUUGAUAUACUCACUGGCUGUCACAAGUCAUAAUGUACUUGUGCUAGUUGGUUGUUGCUACAUCCAUUGUUAGCUUAAAUUUAUAUACCAAAUAACAAACUUCAGCUCUCUA